AUGACGGUCGCCGGCGCCGCCACCGCACGAACCAAGAGGAUCUUCAAGCUCACUCUCUCCCUUCUCGGUCUCGGCUUCAACUCCUCCAAAUGUAAAACGGCGGCGAAGAUGGCCGUGGCGAGGAUUAAGCUGCUGAAGAACAAGAGGGAGGUUGUGGUGAGGCAGAUGAGACGCGACAUUGCGCUUCUUCUUCAGUCUGGUCAAGAUGCCACUGCUCGUAUCAGGGUUGAGCAUGUGAUGAGAGAGCAAAAUGUUUUGGCUGCAAAUGAGUUCAUUGAGUUGUUCUGUGAGCUAAUUGUGUCCAGACUCUCAAUUAUUGCAAAGCAAAGGGAAUGUCCAGCAGAUUUGAAAGAGGGAAUUUCUAGCUUAAUAUUUGCAUCCCCUAGGUGCUCAGAAAUCCCAGAACUGGUAUCGCUUAGGAAAAUAUUUGAGAAGAAAUAUGGAAGGGAUUUUGUAUCGGCUGCUACUGAUCUUAGACCUAGUUGUGGUGUGAAUCGCCAAUUGAUUGACAAGCUCUCCGUACGCACACCUCCUGGGGAAGUAAAGUUGAAAGUAUUGAAGGAAAUUGCUAAGGAGCAUCAAAUUGAUUGGGAUACUGCAGAAUCUGAAAAAGAGCUUCUCCAGCCUCCAGAAGAGCUAAUAGAAGGGCAACGCACUUUUGUCAGCGCCAGCACCUUACCGGUGAAGACUUCGAUAGAUAUGUCGAUUGAAUCAAAUAGGCAGCAAUCUACAAGAUUAUCCAGCGGUGGAAACAGUGAUGCCAUGUAUUUCGAAGAUUCUAAGUCUGCUGCUGAAGCAGCAGCUGAGUCAGCAAAGAAAGCAAUUGCAGCUGCUGAGGUUGCUGCUUAUAUGGCUAUGAAGGACAAUAAUGAAGCCUCUCAACCAUAUUACAAUGAUAAAUUCUAUAAUGAUCCUGCAAAAUUUUCUCAGAAUGAGACUCAUAAAUCAACAACUGAGGACAGAGUGCAUAGGUCACAUAGCUUACCAAGGUCCGAUCACUCGAGCAACCAGGAAUAUAGAAGACACAGCUACCAUCCAGCUUCUGCACAUUCAGAUAUUAAGUUUGAUGAAUCAGAUUGUGACGAAGAAAUUGCAGCAGAAGAACCCCCUCCGGUUACUUUGCCACCUAGAAGGCUUCCACCACCUGUACCUUCACCUCUGGCUAAACAAGAUUCCAGCACUCGUGUUCAUCCUAAAUUACCAGAUUACGAUGAACUCACUGCUCGUUUUGAUUUGCUAAAAUUCAAAAAGUCUCAGUUCUGA